UCCCCUAUUACAGGUAAGAUAAAUUUGGCUUAAUUGUUUUGUUUGGUCAACGAGCUAAGAGACUUAAUUAUGCGACAUGGGUGCAAGGAUUUUUUUCAGAUGGCUGGACUUGAGGACACGACUGAUCUGAGGUUGCCUUCACCAUCAGAGCCAAUCAAAAACAUAGUUUUGGUGGGGCGUACCGGAAACGGAAAAAGCGCCACUGGAAACUCCCUUAUCGGAAAACAAGUGUUCAACUCAGAAACACGAGCAACCGGUGUUACCAUGAAAUGUGAAACAUGUAUAGGGGUAACACCAUGUGGCACGGGAAUCAAUGUGAUUGACACUCCUGGUCUGUUCGAUCUGUCUGUGUCCGCUGAAUAUCUCAGCCAGGAAAUCAUCAAUUGCCUUGUUCUUGCGGAAGAAGGACUACAUGCUGUGGUGUUAGUCCUAUCUGUGAGGACUCGAAUUUCGCAAGAGGAAGAGUCCACGCUUAAUACAUUACAAGUUAUUUUUGGGAGUGAAAUCAUUGACUAUUUAGUAGUUUUAUUCACUGGUGGUGAUGAGUUGGAAGCAAACAAUAUGACACUGGAUGAUUACUUGUCCAAAGGUUGCCCUGAAUUUCUGAAGACAGUUCUUAGGUUGUGUGGGGGAAGAAGGAUCCUGUUUGAUAACAGGACUAUGGACGAAGGCAAGAAGGUCAAGCAAGUUCAGGAACUUCUCGCCCAUGUAGCAGACAUUGAAAAAAGCACUGGUGGGAAACCGUUUACGGAUGAAAUGCACCGUAAAAUACAGAAAGAGGAGGAUAUGCUUAGGGAGCAGCAAAAAGAGGUCGAAUCUAAGGACCUUGCAGCUGCAGAGAUUGAAAAAUGGAAGAAGCAUUAUCAAGAAGAGCAUGACAAAAAUAUGAACAUGAUGGCAGAGAUGCUAGGGAAUAAGCUAAGAGAGGAUUCCGAAAGACAGGAGAAAAUGUUGCUUGCGCUGAGAGAUAACCUUGAGAUUUCACAAAGACAAAACAAAUAUAACGAAACUACUGACAAUGUGCCUGAUCGCAUACAUUAUGGGUGUUCACUUCCGCCAAUGCCAUGCAACAUGUUAUGAUUGGUGUAUCGGAUUUCAGUUGAGGAUAAGCUAACCAAAGAUUUAAGCAGACACAGUUCACAUCAUUUCGUCCGAAAGGCCUGGUCGUUGUUUCUUUCCUAUAUCGUUUGUUUUAUUUUUGCUUCGUGGUUUCUUUAUUUGAUAAUAAAAAUAAUAAGAAUGU